GUUCAAGCGUCUUGUUGGCGUGGCUUGUCGUCGUACAUUUGGCAACACCUGUAGUCCAAGCGCGCGACGCAUUGCUGUCUCUCAUCUUUUGUCCUGAUCGCGAGGAACUCUGUCUGGUGCCUGCAACGUGCGUGUCGAGCGGAAUGACAAAGACACAUGAUGUUCAUAGGGUAUCGCUGCUGCAAACCUCACCACUACUGCAUCAGUCACGGUGCCAGAAGUCGCGGGCCUCGCUCUUGUUCUUCACUCUGCCCACUUUUGUUGCUCUCCAUGGAACACACUCCGCUGCCUGGGUUAUACCUGUCGUGACGCGACCCCAAUGGAGACAGCAGCAGACGACGUCCCGCGACGUAAGUGCGCGCCGAGGAGGAGCGGACCCUCAGCGUACGAGUACAUCAGCCAAUCGCAGGAGGUGUAGACCUCCUUUCGCGACUUCAACACCGGUGGCAACGACCACAACGACGACGGCGCUACAAUCCACCAAUGGUGGCGGAGAAGAAGAACAGGGGUCGUGGCGGGAGCAGUUCGCCUCUCUCCGGAACGAUGCGGCCGAUCCUUGGAGCGCGAGCAGCAGUAGUAGCAAUGUUGGGGAUGGCAGCACAAACGUCACAGAUGGAACGACCAGCGAGCAAACCGGAAGCCUCGCCGCCCCAACGGAAACUUUAGACGACGGCAUCGAAGGACAGGCUGUCGAUACUUCUGCCGGCGAUGACUUUUCUCUGGCACCAAGGGGGCUCGUUGCGAGCGAUCAGGACACAACAGUCGCGACGCCUGCAGUAGCAGCGGCAGCAGCAGCGGCGAUACCACUUGCCGCACCCUUACCAAUGCCUGCCGAAGGCAGCAGCAAAACAGCCGAAAAAGAAGCGGCCGAGGCCAUGGCAUCGCGCGGCGAGAGCGACACGGCCGCCGCGCAACAUGCCUACCGCCUGUUGGACGCAGAGCUGACCGCCGCCGCCGCUGCAUCUCACGAUGGACCGCCGCCGACAAAGGCGUCUGUUGCUACUCUGUCUCGGUCGGCGGCGGGGGCCCUCCUCUCCUGGAUACGAUGCUCGACGGCCGGGAACGGCUUGAUCGUCGCGGACGGCGGCAAGGCGGCCACUUCGGACACGGUGGAGCGGCGGGAGCUGUGGGGCAAGCACGCCCCGCGGGUGCUGCAGCUGGUGAAGGAGUCCGGGGAGGAGCCCUCGUCUGACCCCGAGCUGCAACAGAUAUUCACUGAAGCCGUCAUGUAUUCCGUGGCGACGCAAGGCGUCGUCGAGGCCAUCGUGAGCGGCAAGGCCUUGGCGUUCACGUCGGCCAUGAACGUGCUGGUGAAGAAGUAUCCCACGCAAGACAACGGCGUGGCUUUUAUCUUCCAGGGAUCCUACUAUCUGGCGGCGCCGUGGCCUCUCCGGAGCCCGACAAAGGCACGCGACAGCUACGAAAAGGCCGUGAACGUCAACGGGCGUAGCCGACGAAACGUUUACUAUGCCGGACUCGGGAGACUGGCGUGCGGGGAUAAAAGGGGCGCGGCGGAGAUGUUUCGGAGGGCUGUGUCGGACGACCAAUGCGAGAACGCGUCGCCGACCGAGAGGGACGUAGCAGUCUCACUUAGGGAGCAGGCGCAGAGAGGGCUGGACUUUUGCGGGUAGUUUUGCUGCUGCUGCUGCUGCUACUA